AUGGGGAGAGUGAACACAUCAGAAACUAACCAAUCUUCUGUGCUUCAUUUCAGCCAUCCCCACCCCCUUCACCUCUCAAAUCCUCAUCCCUUUCAAUCAUGUUCUGCCUGCUGCCUUGAGGCUAAAUCUGCAGCAGUGUACACUUGUACCCACUGCAACUUCUGUCUCCAUCAAACAUGCUUCGAAAUGCCUCAGAAACUCACACACCCUUUCGACACAGCCCACGUUCUUUCCCUCCUGCCCACGCCAGCCUACCCCGAAGGCCUAUUCAGCUGCGACGCCUGUGGGAAGCGAGGGAAUGGAUUCUCCUACCACUGCCAGCCCUGUGGCAUUGAUCUCCACACGAUAUGCGCCUCGUUGCCAAUGCUCCUCGCUCACUCGUCCCACCACCACCAGCUUAGCCUCACGUUCUCGCCUCCUUAUCAGGGAAACCGCUUCUCGUGUGAUCUGUGCAGAAAGGUGGGAUCCAAGAACUGGCUAUACCACUGCACUGCCUGUGAAUUUGACAUUCACUUGAGUUGCAUAACCACAAUCCCUGCCCCCCAUCACAUCCCAGCCAAUUCUUUCAUCAAUCCAAUGGCUCAUAACAGCCCUGUCAGGCCACCUGCAGGGAUUGAAAUGGCUACUUAUCAGCUUCAACCUCAUGGCAGACCUGUAAGGCCAGCUGGGAAUUCCACUGUAAAUCUGGGAAGUGGUCUUAUGAACAGCUUGGUUAAUGGCUUAGCUAGUGGUGCUUCUCAGGCGGCCACUCAGGCCCUUAUCCAGGGAAUAACAGGUGGAAUGGAUGGAGAAAAUGCAGAUGUUUCAUACUGA